AUCUUUAAAUACGACGAAGAAGACGCUUUUCCGGGGGCGCCAAAUCCGGAGCAGACAAACACAACACCAAACUCAACACCAAACUCACACAAGUCGCCGUGUAAACAGUCAUGGAUCUCAGUCCCUUUGAAACAGACAACUCUGUCAGCUGCCGGCUGGCUUCUCAGAUCCCAGAUGUCUGCAAGACGGAGGACUGUUGUUUGGGCAUUGAUGAGGCAGGCAGGGGGCCUGUGCUGGGGCCCAUGGUGUAUGGAAUAUGUUUCUGUCCAGUUUCCAAAAAGGGGGACCUGAAGAACUUGAAAGUGGCAGAUUCAAAGACCCUAACAGAGGCCGAGAGAGAGAAGCUUUUCCAAAACCUGGAUGAAGCCAGAAAUUACGUGGGCUGGGCACUGCAGAUUCUCUCCCCCAACACAAUCUCCACCAGCAUGUUACAGAGGACAAAAUACAACCUGAAUGCUCUUUCACAUGAUACAGCGAUUGGUCUAGUGCAGUAUGCCUUGGACAGUGGAGUACAGCUAAAAGAGGUUUAUGUGGACACAGUCGGCCCAGCAGAGAAGUAUGAGGACAAACUGUCCAAGCUGUUCCCAGGUAUUGACGUGACUGUGAGGCCAAAGGCUGACUCCCUCUUCCCCAUUGUCAGUGCAGCCAGUAUCUGUGCGAAGGUUGCCAGGGAUCGUGUUGUAAAAGGCUGGAACUUUGCUGAGGACCUGGGAGAGGUGGAUGCAGAUUACGGCUCAGGAUACCCGAAUGACCCCAAGACUAAAGCGUGGCUGCUGAAGUACCUGGACCCAGUGUUUGGUUACCCUCAGUUUGUGCGAUUUAGCUGGAGCACUGCCCAAACCCUGAUGGACAGCAACGCAGUGACUGUUCACUGGGAUGAUGAUGAGGAGGAUGGUGAGAAGUCAGCACAGCGGCAAAAAAACAGGUCCAUGUUGUCCUACUUUGGUGCUUCAGCUGGAGGUAACGACCAAAAUCCAACGCACCAGACACACCGCUUCCUCACUGAGCGGAGGCUGACGAGCCUCAACACACUCUGAAGACAUUAAAGGACAUGCACAUGCAUACUGGGAAUCAUAAGCUUAUCGUGAGAUCUUCAUAUACAACCAAACUGUUUUGUGUUUGGCACGGGUCUGCAUGCACUUGAAUGAAACAUUGCUGGCAUCUGAUGUUUGUAUCGCCAAUGCAAACUUGAAACAGUCUUUAUUUGCUCUGUUUUUGCUUAUUUUUGCUACAUAAAAAUAAUGUUUAAAUCUAA